CAUUGUUCUGCCACUGCCGGCGAGAAGCGGCUUCCUCCGCACGCCGCCCUCUGCUGCAAACACACACAGACAGACUGACGGACGCCUGGGCUGGAUGUGGACGCUCGCCCUUUGGUGCGGGGGGAUGGAACGCCUGCUCACCGUUGAUGACGCACAAUUAGGAGCCUGACACUCAAACCGGAGACAAAGACACACACAUCGUGUCGGUCCAAGGAUGCUCUGAGCGAAGACACGCCGCCGGACUGGGAACAAGCUCAGGUGCUGCAGAGGUGAGGUGGUUGCCAUGGCGCCCCGGCCGUCGUCAGGGGAACUAUGGGGCCUCCACCUGAUGCCCCCGUGCAUCUUGGUGGACUGCUGCCUUCCCAACGGGAUGAUGGUGAGUCUGGAGUGUCUUCGAGAAACUCCUCUCAUCAGCAUCAAGCAGCAGCUCUUCACCGAGGCCAAGAAGUAUCCGCUCUACCACCUUCUGCAGGAGGAGUCCAGCUACAUCUUUGUGGGUGUGACCCAGGAAGCGGAGAGGGAAGAAUUUUACGACGAGACGAGGCGGCUGUGCGACCUCCGCCUGUUCCAUCCCAUCCUGAAAGUGAUCGAGCCGCUGGGAAAUCGCGAGGAGAAGAUCCUAAACCGAGAGAUCGGAUUUGCCAUUGGGAUGCCAAUCUGUGAGUUUGAGAUGAUGAAGGACCCAGAGGUUCAGGACUUCCGUCGGGCCAUACUGGGCGUGUGCAGGGAGGCCAUGGAGGAGCGGGAGGGGGGUGGCGCCCACAGCCAAGCACUCUAUGUUUACCCCCCAAAUGUGGAGUCCAGCCCACAACUCCCACAGCACAUCUACAGCAAGUUGGACAAAGGAAGACUGAUUGUAACCAUCUGGGUGAUUGUGUCACCAACCAACUCCAAACAGAAAUAUACGCUGAAGGUGAGCCACGACAGCCUUCCUGAACAGCUGAUAGCAGAGUCCAUCAGGAAGAAGAGCAGAUCCAUGCACCUUUCCCCUCAGCAGCUCCGCCUCUGUGUACAGGAGUACCAGGGCCAGUACAUCCUGAAGGUGUGUGGCUGUGACGAGUACCUGUUGGAAAAGUAUCCACUCAGUCAGUACAAGUACAUCCGCUCCUGUAUCAUCGUAGGUCGUCUUCCUCACCUCAUGCUGGUCUCCAAGGACAGUCUGUACUGUCAGCUUCCCGCCUCAAGCUUCGUCACGCCUUCCUACAGUCGCCGGACUCCGCAGCCGUCUCCCUGUCCGGGAGGGUCCGACGGCUCUCCACCGCGCUCGCUUUGGGCCUUCAACACCCGGCUGAGGGUCCGACUGCUCUGCGCCACCUAUGUCAACGUCAACAUCCGAGACAUCGACAAGAUCUACGUAAGAACGGGGAUUUAUCAUGGAGGAGAGCCACUGUGCGACAACGUCAACACACAAAGAGUCCCCUGCUCCAACCCGAGGUGGAACGAAUGGCUGACCUACGACAUCUACCUGGCAGACCUGCCUCGCUCAGCCCGACUCUGCCUGUCUAUCUGCUCUGUGAAGGGAAGGAAAGGAGCCAAGGAGGAACACUGUCCACUGGCCUGGGGAAACGUGAACCUCUUUGACUAUAAGGACAUUCUGGUUUCAGGGAAAGUGGCGCUCAGUUUAUGGCCCGUCCCUCACGGCCUCGAGGACCUGCUGAACCCCAUCGGGGUGGCCGGUUCCAAUCCUAACAAGGAGUCUCCCUGUGUAGAACUCGAGUUCUCCUGGUUCAACCAGCCAGUUGUGUUUCCAGACGAGCAGCAAAUUGAAGAACACGCCAACUGGAUCAUCAGCAGGGAGCUGGGCUUCAACUACACACAUGGCCUGAGCAGUCGUUUGGCCUGUGACAGCAGUGUUUCAGCAACAGACGCAGAGCAGCUUCGAAGUCUCUGCUCUAAAGAUCCUCUUUAUGAACUUUCGGAACAAGAGAAGGACUUCCUGUGGAGACACCGACAUUACUGUGUCAAUAUUCCAGAGUCCCUCCCCAAGCUGCUUCUUUCCGUCAAGUGGAAUUCCAGGGAUGAAGUAUCUCAGAUGUACUGCCUGUUGAAGGAGUGGCCUCUGAUGGAGUCCGAGUCGGCUCUGGAAUUGCUGGACUGUAACUUCCCCGACCCGAUGGUGAGAGAGUUUGCGCUGCGUUGCCUGGUCCAAAGUCUGACGGACGACAAGCUGUCUCAGUACCUGCUGCAGCUCGUACAGGUGUUGAAGUACGAGAUGUACCUGGACAACCCGUUGGCCCGUUUCCUGAUCAAGAAAGCCUUGACCAAUCAGAGGAUCGGACACUUCUUUUUCUGGCAUCUCAACAGGUCCGAGAUGCACAACAAGACGGUGUCGCGUCGCUUUGGCCUGCUGCUGGAGGCGUUCUGCAGAGCCUGCGGCAUGUACCUUAAACACCUGAACCGACAGGUGGAGGCCAUGGAUAAACUGGUGAACCUCACAGAUACGCUGAAACAGGAAAAGAAAGACGAGACUCAGAAAACUCAGAUGAAGUUCCUGGUUGAGCACAUGUCCCGUCCAGAUUACAUGGAAGCUCUGCAGGGAUUUGUCUCUCCUCUGAACCCUGUGCACCAGCUAGGACACCUCAGGCUGGAGGAGUGCAGGAUCAUGUCAUCAGCAAAGCGCCCUCUGUGGUUGAACUGGGAGAACCCCGACAUCAUGUCGGAGCUGCUCUUCACCAACAACGAGAUCAUCUUCAAGAAUGGCGACGACCUACGGCAGGACAUGCUGACACUGCAGAUCAUCAAAAUCAUGGAGAACAUCUGGCAGAACCAAGGGCUGGACCUGCGCAUGCUCCCCUAUGGAUGCCUGUCCAUCGGCGACUGUGUUGGUCUCAUCGAGGUGGUGAAGAGCAGUUUCACCAUUAUGCAGAUUCAGUGCAAAGGAGGCCUGAAGGGGGCGCUGCAGUUCAAUUCCAACACUCUGCACCACUGGAUUAAAGACAAGAACCGUGGAGAGGCGUAUGAUCGUGCCAUUGACUUGUUCACCAGAUCGUGUGCCGGCUACUGCGUGGCCACGUUCAUUCUGGGAAUCGGCGACCGCCACAAUUCCAACAUCAUGGUGAAGGAGAACGGACAGCUCUUCCACAUCGACUUCGGUCACUUCCUGGAUCACAAGAAGAAAAAGUUCGGCUACAAGCGGGAGCGCGUCCCUUUCGUCCUCACGCAGGACUUCCUGAUUGUCAUCAGCAAAGGCGUCCAGGAGUCGACCAAGACAAAAGAAUUUGACAGGUUUCAGGAAAUGUGCUACAAGGCCUAUCUGGCCAUUCGCCAGCACGCCAGCCUCUUCAUCAACUUGUUCUCGCUGCUACUCGGAUGCGGUAUGCCUGAACUGCAGAGCUUCGACGACAUCGCCUACCUGAGGAAAACCCUGGCACUGGAGAAAAGCCAGCAGGAGGCGCUGGAGUACUUCAGCAAACAGAUGAACGACGCUCACCACGGAGGCUGGAGCACCAAGAUGGACUGGAUCUUCCACACCAUCCGACACAUGCCCAACGAGCACUAACUAAUGCACAUGCACUACAACGUUGUCACGGCAACGCCAAUCUCAGGGUCGCGGGUCCGAGAAUGCAAAAGGCGUCUUCCCCUUCUUCGGUGCUAAUGUUAAGCCAGUGAGCUGCUGUUGUAGCAUACAUUCGAAUCAAACGUUGCUGACCAACUGCUGUGAAGACGAUAAAAGCAAUAAAAACUCGAGACAAUCAGCCCUAGCCAAUCAGUGGGGAUAUUUUCAGCAGGGGGUGGAGUAAGCGCAAUGGUAAAUUCCCUCCAGACGGGGUUAAACCUUUGAAAUUUGGGGUUAAACCAUUGAAUUUCUCAUCCGGAGCGGCAUAAUUGGUGAAUGAUUAAGAUUGUAUGCUUCAAGGAAUGACUGGGUAAUGAUGUAAUUAUUGAUUUGGUCCACUACGUGUAAAGUGGUGUUUGCACUGUGUGGCAGUCCUUCACUUGAAUAAGUGUGACUUUUGCAAAAUAAAUGAAAGAAAUGAUUGGGA